UCCUCUGUGGGGCUGUGCCAUUAUUUGGUCUACUGUCUCCUGCAGGCAGAGCUCACAUUUUCAGAAAUUCUGAUUUCCUGAACGCACCUCGACACACUCACGCACACACAAACUCAGGCACCUGACUCUACAGACGAUGCUGUUGUGUAAAAGACAGGUGGAUACUGGAGGAGCAAGUGAGAGCAACUGAGGACAGAGAAGAAGAAAGAAGAGAAGGGGAAAGACAAGAGAGGAAAGCACGUUGCGACAGAUACUUCAACGGUGGCAGUUUUGGACUUAAGAUUGACGGAUGAACAAUAAUAUGGGAAUGAUGGAGAGACACGAGCACUGGACAAGCCCUCCUCUUUAGAACUUGCAUACAUUCACACACGCAAACCUACACAGACUGCUUUCGAAAAGCAUCAGGAGGAUGUGUGGCCUUUGCUUUGAAGGACAGUGGAGAUGGAGGCAUCAUUUCCUUCUAGUCAUCUGGCUUUCGCUGCUCACAGCUGCCCCACCCAAAGCGCUUGGCUAUUUCCUGGGAGACACUAAGGCAGUAUUAAAUGGCUGUGAGGACCACUGGACCCUACAGGACAGGGCCGCCAUGCCGCUACUCAUUCAGAUGACAGUGUGUGUUGACAUCCGUGUGGUCGUCCCCGGAGCCUGGCUGGCCUUCUCUUACAGCUCGGUCUACACACCCAGACCUGAGCUGGGUCUGGAAGGAGAUGAUGAGGCGCUAUAUGGGUGGCUGCUAGGGGUCCGACACCGAUUUCCUAUCCGGCUAUCCCCAACACACUGGCAUAGGGUGUGUCUGAGGAGGGACGUAAUGCGCAACUCCUUUAGCCUGGAGGUCGAUGGAAAAAUGGUGGCAGAGAGGACUGUCAUUGCUGAGGCCAUCCCGCCCUUUGGUUCCCUGCGGCUGGGCUGCCGUCCCAGAGACCGGCCCCCAGGAGCCGUGCUCGGACAAGUGGAGCUGUACCUGUUCCGCAUGUGGGCGGAUCUGGGUGACCAUGGCCUCUGCGAGGACGGCACUGUGAUUGGCUGGAAUGCCCAGUACUGGGGUGUGACCAGUGCCAAGGCCAGACAGAGAGACCCUAAGCUACUGUGUGACCACAGACGGUUGAGACGUGGGGCACGUGCUUACAGAAGCAGUAUUAAUGUUUCAACAAUUGCAACUGCAAAUGGACGGAGUAUCCCAUCUCCACUUGAAGUGCCUUCAACUACAACUACCUCAAGUACUGUCAUAGCAACACCUGUCACUCACACAAGCAGCCAGACGUCUAAGGUCACAGAGUCCCCAUUGGUAAAUUGUUACAUCAGCCAACUCUGUUCCAAUGAAAGUGCUUACUUUUGGAUGUCCAUAAAUGUGAAGACCAAAGGUGACAGUAAGACUGAACAAGAUGUCCACAAAUUGGUGUCAAAUGCAUUUGGUUGCCACGGUGACAGCAAUGAUAAAGCACAUGAAGUAACAUGCUUUAAAGAUAUCUGCAAGGUUGACAGACAACUUCAGGUAAACUGCAGUGUAAAAAAGAACAUAAGAGAAACAACCUGCGAUGUGCUGUUGCAGCUCAGCCACGCUGUCUCAGUGUGUGAACUGCAGUGUGCUGGAGUCUCUGCACUGCAGCAAGCUGGAGAUGAACAAAUACAAGCAACAAUCAUAGGAGAGGUGGAGAGAGUCGGUAGAGAUCUUUGUGGAGAUGUGGAGCCCUCCAGUGGCAGGUUUGUGAGGUGUACAUCCACAUCUUCCCUGGAUGACAUCUGUCGGGCAAACAAACACUCCAACCUUACAUGCUCCCUCAUAGAGCCCAACUCCAACCCAGCUUCACAACCUAAGACAGAAUCCUGCAACAGGGAAGUGCCUCGCUUUUGUGACUGCACUGCUUUCUGUAAUUCUACAAGCCAGUUUUUUGCCAUAAGAAUCAAUAUUAACAGUGCUUCUGUUAAUGUUAACCUCCUAAAAAAAUUGUUGUCGACACUUGGUGCAGCCGGCAGGUGUAACACAAUGUCAGGGUCAAAGUGCCAAGAUUCAGAAAUUUCAAAGCACUACCAGGACGCUCAUCUGGAAUGCCAUGGGACAAUACAGCGGUUGUACAGCUGCAUGGUGAUACUGGAGAUGUCUGGACCCGUCAGUAGUUGCUCCCUGAAUAAACUUCUGCAACAACUCAUUGAUAGCUACACUGGCAUAACAAAUGAAAGGCCACUUACACGCAUGGUGGUUUGUGGUCCUCCUGGUUUGCCUGUCCGUACUCUAUUGGCGUCCAACCUAACCUGGGUUGCCAGUGACCUACUGACCUCUGACAUCUGCCAACCUGACCCUACUCUGCUUAAAUGUGAGGCAAAUGAGAAGCUUGCAGUACUUUUGACUGACAGCUGCCCUCCCACAGCCAAGCAAAGCACAACACAGCCUCCCACUCUGACCAACAGCAACAUCACUACAGCUCCUGAAGCCUCACCACAGUCGGUGACCAACACUACUGAACAAACUUACAUGACAGCUGAAAAUACUGUAGCAGUUCAACAGACAAAUGCAUCACAAGGAACGGCUCAACCUAACAUUACUACUCCACUCACAAACAUUAACAGUACACAGUCCUCAACAGCACAACCUGUCCUCCAAACCAGCUCACACAACAUGACUGUGACUGUUUCUGACAGUACAACAGUACAAAACACAACUUUGUCUGAUAACACAUCAUUGUUGACACCCACUGAAAAUACAAAAUUGCAGAACACGACCACAGCACACCAAAACACAACUGAAUUCAUAACAGUAUCCUCUGUCAACUCAACAUUACAAACUACAGCUGAUCUUGUUGAUUCAACACUUUACACAAAUACAUUGUCUUCCAAUCACACAACAGUGUACAACGUAACAACAGUUGACACAUUUACACCUUCUCCAAAUGAUACAGCAGUGUACAAUGUAACUACAGCUGACACAAUUACACCUUCUAUCAAUCACACAACAGUGUACAAUGUAACUACAGCAGACAACAACUGGAACCUACACAAUAGUACAAUUACAACUAGUAACACUACAAUUAGCACAUUUACAACUUCUCCCAAUCAUACAAUAGUGUACAAUGAAACAACAGUCGAUGCAUUUACAUCCAAUCACACAGCAGAGUACAAUGUAACUACAGUUACACUUUCUCCCAAUCCCACAAGAGCGUACAAUGUAACUACAGCAGACAACAACUGGAACCUACACAAUGGUACAAUUGCAACUAGUAACACUACAAUUAGCACAUUUACACCUUCUCCUAAUAACGCAACAAUGUACAACGUAACAACAGCUGACACAUUUACACAUUCUACCAAUCACACAACAGCGUACAAUGUAACUACAGCCAACACAUUUACACCCUCUACCAAUCACACAACAGAGUACAAUGUAACUACAGCAGACAACAACUGGAACCUACACAAUGGUACAAUUGCAACUAGUAACACUACAAUUAGCACAUUUACACCUUCUCCUAAUAAUGCAACAAUGGACAAUGUAACAACAGCUGACACAUUUACACAUUCUACCAAUCACACAACAGCAUACAAUGUAACUACAGCCAACACAUUUACACCCUCUACCAAUCACACAACAGAGGACAAUGUAACUACAGUCACACCUUCUCCCAAUCCCACAAAGGUGUACAAUGUAACUACAGUCGAUGCAUUUACAUCCAAUCACACAGCAGAGUACAAUGUAACUACAGUUACACUUUCUCCCAAUCCCACAAGAGCGUACAAUGUAACUACAGCAGACAACAACUGGAACCUACACAAUGGUACAAUUGCAACUAGUAACACUACAAUUAGCACAUUUACACCUUCUCCUAAUAACGCAACAAUGUACAAUGUAACAACAGCUGACACAUUUACACAUUCUACCAAUCACACAACAGCGUACAAUGUAACUACAGCCAACACAUUUACACCCUCUACCAAUCACACAACAGAGUACAAUGUAACUACAGCAGACAACAACUGGAACCUACACAAUGGUACAAUUGCAACUAGUAACACUACAAUUAGCACAUUUACACCUUCUCCUAAUAACGCAACAAUGUACAAUGUAACAACAGCUGACACAUUUACACAUUCUACCAAUCACACAACAGCGUACAAUGUAACUACAGCCAACACAUUUACACCCUCUACCAAUCACACAACAGAGUACAAUGUAACUACAGCAGACAACAACUGGAACCUACACAAUGGUACAAUUGCAACUAGUAACACUACAAUUAGCACAUUUACACCUUCUCCUAAUAACGCAACAAUGUACAAUGUAACAACAGCUGACACAUUUACACAUUCUACCAAUCACACAACAGCGUACAAUGUAACUACAGCCAACACAUUUACACCCUCUACCAAUCACACAACAGAGUACAAUAUAACUACAGUCACACCUUCUCCCAAUCCCACAAAGGUGUACAAUGUAACUACAGCAGACAACAACAGGAACCUACACAAUAGUACAAUUACAACUAGUAACACUACAAUUGGAACAUUUACAACUUCUCCCAAUCAUACAAUAGUGUACAAUGUAACAACAGUCGAUGCAUUUACAUCCAAUCACACAGCAGAGUACAAUGUAACUACAGCCAACACAUUUACACCCUCUACCAAUCACACAACAGAGUACAAUGUAACUACAGUUACACAUUCUCCCAAUAACACAGUGUACAAUGUAAAUACAACCACCAAGAAUUACACAACAGAGUACAACGUAACUACAGCGGACAACAACACGAACCUACACAAUGGUACAAUUACAAGUGAUGCAACAAUUAGCCCAUUGACAACUUCUACCAGUCACACAGUACUGUACAAUGUAACUACAGUUACACCUUCUCCCAAUAACACAACAGAGUACAAAGUAACUACAGCAAACAACAACAGGACACUUUAUAACAGUUCAAUUACAAGUAAUGCAACAAUUAGCACAUUUACACCUUCUCCCAAUUACAAUGUAACUACAGCCGACACAUUUACACCUUCUCCCAAUCACACAGCAGUGUACAAUGUAACUACAGCAGCUAACAAUUACACAACAGACUACAACGUAACUACAGCUGACAGCAAUAGGAACGUACACAAUGGUACAAUUACAACAAGUAAUGCAACAAUAAGCACAUUUACACCUUCUCCCAAUUACACAAUGGUGAACAAUGUCACUACACUAUCUAACAAUUACACAACAGUCCAGAAUAUAACCACUACUACUGUAUCUCAAAACAAAACCACAGACAACAGAACCACUACACCCAUCAGGGAACAGAACACAACUGCUCCGUAUAAAAACACAACAAUGUCUACUGCUGCUAGACAAGACAAUGAAACUCUUAACAAUGCAACAACAUCCACAAAAAACUCAACUGUGACAUCUGUUGUCGACAACACCACUAAACCCACAGUAGCUCCACUGAACCAGACUGCAAAUCACACCGCAGCAAGAGUGACUCACAACAUCACCACUACAAACAAAAAUGACACCAACUCCACCACAGCUGCAACUGGCGUCAGUCCCAUCAUCAAUCUCAAUGAAACUGCAGGAACGAGCUUCAACCUGAGCUCUACUGCAAGCAGUUUAACCGCUAACUUCAACCUAACAACCACAGGCCCAGGAGUCAGUUUAACAAAUAGAACUACUACAAGUACACAUGGUUCACUUCCGACCCAGAUUGACACCACUACUGCAAAGGUUUCCUUGACUUCUUCUACAACAACUCUCCAAACCACCACCCUUACCAGCACAAUCACAACAAAACCUGGUACUGGAACUACCUCCACAACCACCGCAGAGACAACUAAAAGCCAAGAGGCCCAGGAAGAACAAGCAAACGAGCUGCUGGAUCAAACACAUGAUGCGUCUCAGCUCAAUGCCUCUCAGGUGGCACAGUUGGUGGGGCAGUUAGAGAAGGUUCUGGGCGGCCCCACUGUCUCUCAGGCAGUGGGGCAAAAGGCCAUCAAUGUAAUCAGCAACCUGAUGGGGGCUAACUCAGUGGCUCUCUCUGCAUCUGCUAACAGGCUGAUUCGGCUAGUAGAUGAUCUGGGUCUUAAGCUGGUUGUCACGGGUGACAGAGAGAUCAUCUCUUCAAAUUCGCUGGUUCUGGCAGUGAGGACAGUUGAUGGGUCCAACUUUCCAACAACAUCUGUCAACAUUUUCAACACUGAUAAUGUCCAGCUCCAUGCCUUCAGCAGAUCUCGGUCCAAGAGGUCAGAGUCUGCUCUUGGGUCUGUAUUCUUGCCUUCCUCCCUCACCUCGGGUCUCAGUCCUGAGCAGCAGCAGCAGGCCAGUAGGGUCCAGUUCACCUUCUACACCAAAUCUGCUCUCUUUCAGGAUGCAGCAUUAGAUAACCAAACCCUUGUCAGUCCAGUCCUGGGCUCCAGUGUGGCCAAUCUGUCAAUAAGCAACCUGUCUAAGAAUAUUCAGUUUACCAUCCGAAACAUCAACCCCAUAAAUGCAAACUACGUGGCCUCCUGUGCAUUUUGGGACUUCACUCAGAACGGUGGUGGAGGAGGCUGGAGCUCUGCCGGCUGCUUUGUUGUUAACGCCACAGUGGAAGACACAACCUGCAGCUGCAACCAUCUCACAUCCUUUGCAAUACUGCUGGAUUUGUCCAGAGAGGGAAUAACUGACCAUCAGCAGGCACAAAUUCUUACUUUCAUCACCUACAUCGGCUGUGGAAUCUCUGCUGUUUUUCUUGCUGUCACCUUACUGACAUAUCUUUUAUUUGAAAAACUUCUUCGUGAUAUCCCUGCCAAGAUCCUGGUUCAGCUCUGUAUAUCCCUCCUCCUCCUCAACCUGGUCUUCUUGCUGGAUGGCUGGCUGGCACUGUACCCAGCAAUCGGGCUGUGUAUUAGCACUGCCUUCUUCCUACACUACUUCCUGCUGACAUCAUUCACCUGGGCGGGGCUUGAGGCCCUGCACAUGUACCUGAGCGUCGUCCAGGUGUUUACUCCCUACCUCAGCAGAUACAUGCUCAAGUUCUCACUGCUGGGCUGGGGCAUUCCUCUUAUGGUGGUGAUCAUUGUAAUAUCAGUGGACAAAGACAACUAUGGCCUGGUCACAUAUGGAAAAUACACAGACGGCACUUCAGAUGACUUCUGUUGGCUGCGUAAUGACAUUGCCUUUUACGUGGGUGUGGUGGCCUACUUCAUCCUGAUCUUUGCUCUGUGCCUGCUGGUCUUCAUCAUGGUUAUGGUCCAGCUGGCCAGGAUCAAGAAGCAGAACCCCCAGAACAAGGCUCCGAAUAGAGGAAUGAUGACAGAUGUGCGAAGCAUCGUUGGCCUCGUCAUUCUGCUUGGCCUCACCUGGGGGUUUGCCCUGUUUGCCUGGGGACCCCUCUACUUACCUUUUGUUUACCUUUUCUCUAUAUUCAACACUCUGCAAGGUUUCCUUGUCUUUGUUUUCCACUGUGCUGUAAAGGAGAAUGUCCGCAGGCAGUGGAGAACUUAUCUUUGCUGUGGGAGACUACGAUUGCCUGAAAACUCAGAAUGGAGUCGGACAGCAACCCAGAACAACAGGAAUCUGUCGGUUGCCACGGCAACCACCGCAGCCCCCCACUUCACUUCUCGAAGCUCCUCCAUCAACAGUGAUGGCACCAAUAGCAGUGGCUCUGUGUUUGUGGACAGCAGAAUAUCUGACAGCUCCAACAGCGAUGUCCUCCUCAACGAGAUUCACAGACAAAAUCUGUCACUGUAAGGAGAGGCCUGACAACCGUGUCAAGUUGUUUAUUCGUGAUUGCCAUAAUUAUCUACUCUGAGAGAGCUGAGAGGAACGGUCAGAUUAGUGAUCUCCUGCAGCUCGAGUAAACAAAACAGAGUAGGUGCUCACAGGAAAUCCUUAGUGUUACACAAGAUGACGAUUUUAAAGGUGUAAUGAAGGACCGAAUACGGCCGAGGAGAAGUGAGACUGAAGUACCUUUAGCGUGGAUGAGAUCAGUAUGAUUAGGAUUAUUGCUUGAAUGCAACAAGUGAAAAGUGGGACUUGAUACCUUUUCUACACCGACAGUAGAAUAUAUGAACACAGAAAUAAUGUAAGAGACUUGUUAGGUGUGUUUCUGACUGAAAAUUUUAAUUAUUUCACUGUUACAGCUGUGACUUAGUGUUUGUGCAGACUGUAUAGCUUGUUUCAAAGCUCUUAGAAUUAUUACUGUAAACAUUAAAUAUGAUGGUAACAUUAUUUAGAGUCUGAAAGACAAGUUAUGGUAUGUUAAAGAUACAAAAAUGCAUUUAAUUAGUAGCCUAGAACAUUGUAUAGAUUAUUGUGAGGCUAUUUUGCUGUCUUUUGGUAUAUUUCUUUUGUUCAUAAGCACAAAUGGAAAAAAUGAAGAUAUUUCCAGUGUGUUUACAAUGCUCCACUCCUCUAUAUUUUCAGUAUAGUAUCAUUUAGGGGGGUGUCAAAAGGCAUUCUGGGAAGGGAUUCACUACCCUUAGUAGAGACAAGGUGGAUUGAAGGAAAAACGCCAAAACUCAACUGCUCGAUGUUAAUACAAAACAUGGAAUUAAUUUAUUACAAAUUGAUAAUUUGCAUCUCUGUGAGAGUAUCUGAGGGUGCAUUCCUCCUGUAAUGUGAGCUAUUACUUUAUUUCUCUACAGUACAAUGUUGAUGUUAGACUCAGAGUUGUUAGAUUGUUCAUAUACCGUACAUUCAAUCUUUUUUUAAGCGUAAAAGACAUGAAGUAUGGUCAUGCAGCGUACUGGAGCAUGAUCAAGAGUGAAGAUUUAUUUCCUGCUAAAUGUCCUUGAGGAAGAACAUGUGCAUGCCACGGAAGCAGAGAUAAUAAAGCAUCAACUCAUCACCCUG